CUGGACGAUCGUAAGGAGGGUGAAUUGCCGAUCGGUCUUCGUGGUGUUGGCAUGGGCCUGGGUGCAAACGGUGCUCCGCUCGGUGAUGUUUCGUCCGUCAUUUCGUCGCUCAGCUCCUCAGCAUCGGCCCACGGUACGUUCGAUGGCGCUGCUGCCCCGUACUCCGGCCAGACAUCCUACCCGUCAAGCGGUAUCUCCUCCGUCCUGCCGUUUUCGUCAACUUUUGGCUCUUCGUCUACUGCGACACCGCUUGCAACUGUAUCGACCGGAGGUUAUUCAUCAUUUGGUAGUGCCAGUGGCUACAGUGCUUCGCGCUCGAUUAUUAUCAAAAAUCUUCCAUUGGACUACACAUGGCAGAUAGUUCGUGAUCGUGUUCAGCAGUUCGGUCCAGUGGAUGUGACUGAAAUGAUUGCGCCGGGUUGUGCCAAAGUUACGUUUGCUAUAUCGGCGGACGCAGAACGAGCUCGCAAAUCCCUUCAGAAUACCACCGUGGAGGGGCGCGUCAUCGGCGUCGAAUUUCUUGUUCCCUGA